AUGAGGAACUCAGUCGCUCAACCGCUGCCAAUGCGGCAGCGCGUGCCGCAGCAGCUAAGUCUUCUGGAAACGCUGAUCCCGAUCUGCCCGCUCCAACCAUUGAGGACAACAACGGGCAGCUACCAUCUCUUGACGGCGGGUUCUCGUAGGGGAACUGUUGAGGAGGCAAACGCCCGACGGCAUGCCAACUGGCAGCGGUCAUACUUUAACUUCGGCCUCUACGGCUUUGCCUACUUUGGCCGAGGUGCCGUAGGCUCAGCAGCCCGCCUACAGGCCUACCUGGAAGCUGAAUUUGAUGCGCGGGUACGGGACCGGCUUCCAGAGCUGUGUCUGCAGUGCCUGACAGCGGACUGGGCAGAGCGUGAGGGUCCACCCACAGCACCAUCCACCCAGACAGCUUCCGGGGAGACCGUCCGCUUUGUGGCAGUGCAGGGGAGCAUUGAAGCACCAUAUCCAUGCUUCAGGUGCCGCCACUGCCCAGCCCAGCUGCCGUUUGUUCGGCAAGUUCACCCUCUGGAGAUUGGGUGCUUUCCAAGCACACCAGACCGGCCCGUCGCCUGGUUUGACUGGGGGCUGAUGCAGCAGGUCUGCUUCCUGCGUGCAGAGAGUCCAUGCUCAGCCUCAGCAUACUCCAAGAUGCUCCAGCGUCAACACGCGAUUAAUGGGCUUCCCACCCCAGCAGGCAUCGCAGAUGCAGUUGGAACCGCGGCCGCCCAUUGGGACAGGGUACAGAGCCUGAUGCGAACCUGUGAGCUCCUGGGUGUAGAUGACAUCCUUGCCUUGGAGCCUAGCAAUGCCACCAGAGGAGCCAGUACCUCGGAUGCUGCUGCUGGUGCAGUAGCAGCAGCUGGUGGUGGCCGCUGGAUGGACUGCCCUGCUUGCUGGCGGCAGUGUGUUGCUGUGUCAGGCGACGCAUGCCUGGGCCUUCGGCACUUUAAGGCUGCGGCCAGUGGCUCCCUCGACCUGCAACCCCUCGCGGCUGGUGAUUUGUUUAUCUCGGAGAAGUUGGUGAUGGAGCGCCUGAAGCAGCGUGGAAAGAUGGCGGACCCAGAUGCUGUUUCUUGCUCUAAGUUCAAAGCUGCAAAGGUCUUCGGGCGGCGUGCUGCAAACUAUGAUCGCCUUGGUGUCGCAGCAUUUGCUUGUAGGCAUGGCUUCGUCCCGGCCAUGGUGAGCCUGCAUACAGAGGAGGACUUUGUGUACUACGAGGUGCUGCUGGAAGCUCUGAAGCAGAGGAUGGAUCUGGCAUCUGUCAAGGCAGUGUUCCUGGAUGUCGCGUGCAAGUUUGAGGGCUACUACAAGAGGAUCUAUGAGGAGCUGGACUUGCCUGCUGGUCUGCCCUUCGCCAUCGGACCAUGGCACAUCCGACCACACAAGCCUGAGUGCAAUGUCCGCUGCAACUCACGCUACAUGCCUGGACUGGGGCUCACAUUCGGGGACCUAAUCGAGCACCUUUGGGCAGACAAUCGGAGACACUGGUACAUCACGGCGUAUAUGUCCCCAGCUGCACGCCAGGACUUCAUCAACGGGCUGCGUCAACACGCGAUUAAUGGGCUUCCCACCCCAGCAGGCAUUGCAGAUGCAGUUGGAACCGCGGCCGCCCAUUGGGACAGGGUACAGAGCCUGAUGCGAACCUGUGAGCUCCUGGGUGUAGAUGACAUCCUUGCCUUGGAGCCUAGCAAUGCCACCAGAGGAGCCAGUACCUCGGAUGCUGCUGCUGGUGCAGUAGCAGCAGCUGGUGGUGGCCGCUGGAUGGACUGCCCUGCUUGCUGGCGGCAGUGUGUUGCUGUGUCAGGCGACGCAUGCCUGGGCCUUCGGCACUUUAAGGCUGCGGCCAGUGGCUCCCUCGACCUGCAACCCCUCGCGGCUGGUGAUUUGUUUAUCUCGGAGAAGUUGGUGAUGGAGCGCCUGAAGGAGCGUGGAAAGAUGGCGGACCCAGAUGCUGUUUCUUGCUCUAAGUUCAAAGCUGCAAAGGUCUUCGGGCGGCGUGCUGCAAACUAUGAUCGCCUUGGUGUCGCAGCAUUUGCUUGUAGGCAUGGCUUCGUCCCGGCCAUGGUGAGCCUGCAUACAGAGGAGGACUUUGUGUACUACGAGGUGCUGCUGGAAGCUCUGAAGCAGAGGAUGGAUCUGGCAUCUGUCAAGGCAGUGUUCCUGGAUGUCGCGUGCAAGUUUGAGGGCUACUACAAGAGGAUCUAUGAGGAGCUGGACUUGCCUGCUGGUCUGCCCUUCGCCAUCGGACCAUGGCACAUCCGACCACAGCCUGAGUGCAAUGUCCGCUGCAACUCACGCUACAUGCCUGGACUGGGGCUCACAUUCGGGGACCUAAUCGAGCACCUUUGGGCAGACAAUCGGAGACACUGGUACAUCACGGCGUAUAUGUCCCCAGCUGCACGCCAGGACUUCAUCAACGGGCUGCCAAAAGGAACCUUCGAGAAAGUUCAUAUCCCUCUCGCACAUUAUCCAACACAGAAAAAGCAACAGGACGUGAUUCUACUCCCACACAGAAGCACGAAAGAAAAAAAAACUACUGAGGACAAAACAUAA